UUUUCCUGCCACAACUUGCCUGCUGUGAAAAGCUGUCGAGUUGUUUACUGUGUCUGCAUUUUGUUCUCCGAGAGCAGAAUCACCUUCAGCUGUGAGAUUGAAGAUGGCAGCUACAGCAGCAGCUGUUAACAGACCUCCACCUGCUCAUCCAGGACCACACGCUGGAAUCCUCCACUCACAGCCCACCAGCGGGGUACCAAACUCUGGAUUUCAUGAUCCAGGACUACAGGGUAUCAGCCAGGACCCCAGACUCCAACACCCCCACGUCUCGUCCCGGCCCGUCUUCUACGUCCCUGUUCAACCUCCGCCCUCUUUCCUCCACUACCAGUGGCCCAUGCCCUUCUCCUAUAACCCCUUUAAUGGCUUCCCAGGCAUGGGCUAUGGCAUGGUCAUGCCCCCGUUCCCCCCUCCUCCCCCCUACAUGGAGGCUCCAUCCUACGUUUUGCCCCACACUCACAUCCAACCAGUCGACUACAGACACCUGCUCCACCCGUCAGUCCAUGCUCCUGCUGCACCCUACCAGCACUUAAACCAGCCUCGCAGAGUGCGCCCUCCUCAUCCUGUCCCUGUGAGACAAACAGUGAACGCAGAGGUCCAAACAGAACCCACAGGGAGAGGCGGGGCUUCUUCUGGAGAGGUGAGCCCACUCAUCAGCUCUGAUUCUGGGCAUGGAACCACCUCAAACUCCCCGUCCUCCUCCAGCUCCCACAAACGAGGCUCUGCAGAGCCCCAAACAUUCACCAGAGACUUUCACAAGAGCUGUGAGAGUUCUGCAGUCACACAGAGAUUUAACCAUGUUCAUCCUGCAGGAACAAAGGCGCUCCAAUCACAUCACAGAGACGCACGACAACCACAGAAGAGCCCAAUGAGAAGUGUUGAGGAGAACCUUCCCCCCUGCAGGGACUCCCACCACAACACUUGGUCAGUGGGCUCUUCUGGUGGCAUGGUUCCUGUGUCCAGCUCUUCUCAACAAGACGAUGAUGUCAUCAAAGAGAGACGAGAGUCUGUCCCCGACAUCAUCAUGAGCUGGGCCACGCCGCUGACAAUGAUGUUAAAACCAUCAGACAAGCUGCUUCCUGAGAACGAACAGCAGCAGCCGUCUUGUGAAGCAGAGAAUGAAAAGUCAGCUGAGCAGCAUGGCGCUGUGACAAAGAGCGCUCCUGUGCUGUCUGACACAGCUGCUGACAACACUGAGGCUCUGCUCACUUCUCAGGACUCUGAGCCACUUUUUAAGAUCCUCAGACUGUCUGGGACUCUCCACAAGCUUCUCUCAGAGGAUAAAAGGGUCGUAGAGCUCCCCUCCACUGAUGAACUACUGCUUUCUCUGAACCAAUCAGAGAGGCUCCCUGACAAUGAGCCAGAAAACGAGACGACGCCACACGCGCACAGCACAGAGCUCAUUCCCUAUCAAAUGUCUUCAAAUAGUUGUCAAAUGAAGAGAAAACUGAAUGAGUCUGUUUGGUCUGUGGAGUCUCUCCCCCCUUUUAUCCCCAAUAAGGAGUGGCUGCAGCAGAGAGGACUCUUUGAGCCUGAUGUCAUCGUGGAGAUGAUGGAGCAGGAGGAUGACGGUGGGCCUUUAACCCAAAAUGAACACUUAAGAAGUCAUAAAGAGAGGAGGCGCAGCCGCAGGUUUUCCUCCUCUGACUCUGUUCUCAUGUCAGACAGCUGGCUGCUUUUCAGCACUCCGGCUGAGAAGCUCAGUCAGUCAAAGAAGACAAAAACAGAGGGGGGAAUGGAUUCCCCUGAAGGGAGGGAACGGAAACGAGACCAGAGCACGACUCCUUCAGAAAAAGUUCCCUCAGCUUCCCCACCUCGAUGGCAGAGUACACUAAAUGUCUCUUCCCCUCCUAAAGAGAAUGCAGAUGAAAACAGGUCUUCUGAACCUGAGGCCAAUCAAAGCCCAAACCAGGAAUGUUUUCUCGUCACCGAGCAGACGGAGAGAAGCCCCCGCUCCCGUGAGCAGGAGAAAUCUCUGCCCUCAAACUCUGCAGAAGAGGAGAAAAUGCUGUGUCAGCUGAUUCCUCAACAUGGCGCAGACAUGGAGGUUGAAGAGAGCGCGUGUGUGAACGCUGAAGAGAGCGAGCGGAGAAACCAGCAGCUGUGUGUCCCUGAGGUCGAGCACACCACGGCUGCUGUGUCUCCGUCAAAGGGACAUCUAGUGGACUGUGGCGUCCAGUGUUCUGAACUGACAGACAGGAAGUGUCCAUGUGAAUCACAGAGCAGCACUGAACCAAACAAGGGACCUCAUUUUAAUGAUUCAGAUGUGAAAAAGAUGAACAACAGCAAGACUGAAGGAUACAGUGUGAACGGACAGAUGUCAAAGAACCAGAGAAGAAACACUCACUGGAGGAACAGAGGACAAGAAAACCAGAUCGGCCAGUGGGACCCCUACAACGGAUUCUGUGGUAGACCUGGACAAUCAAAAGGUGGAAAUAGAAGAACUCGGUACUGAGCACUGACCUUCUUGUUGGAAGAAUCUUGUUUUUAAAGAAUCAAAUA